UCAGUCGAGGACUCGGUGGACGACGCAGUAGAAGACUCAGUCGAGGAUUCAGUGGAGGAUUCAGUCGAAGAUUCAGUCGAGGAUUCAGUCGAAGACUCAGUCGAGGAUUCAGUCGAAGACUCAGUCGAGGAUUCAGUCGAAGACUCGGUGGACGACUCAGUCGAAGAGUCCGUCGAAGAUUCAGUCAAAGAGUCAGUUGAAACAUCCGUGGGCAAGUCACUGGUGGGCUCUGUGGUGGGCGCGGUAGUAGGCGCGGUAGUGGGCGCGGUAGUAGGCGCGGUAGUGGGCGCGGUAGUAGGCGCGGUAGUGGGCGCGGUAGUUGGUUUCGUCGAUGUAGAUGAAGACGAGGUCGGCUUAGGAGCCGCGACGGUCAGAGUACAUACCCCACACUUGGCCGGCUUGGGGUUAGGCGGAGCAGCAUUAUAA